AUGGACGACGGCUGGCAGCACUGCAACUGCAGCGUGCGCCAGGACCUGGAUCCAACGCUGCCAAAAUGUGAUGGCGACUUGUGCUUCGGCGGACACUGCUCCUGGCACGACUCCAGGGGAAUGCCAAUCGUGCGGAAAGAUCGCUUUCCUGACAUGAAGGCAUUGGUCGACUUCGGACACUCUCGUGGUCUGAAAGUCGGGACUUAUCUCAACAACUGUAUUUGUAACGAGCAUGGGCCAACGCAUUAUGAACAAGACGUCAGCUGGAUGGUGAGUGAGAUGAGCUUCGAUGGAGUGAAGAUUGAUAGCUGCGGCAGCUCUCAAAAUGUUUCACAUUGGGCGGAGCUGUUCAACUCCACUGGAAAGGCUAUCCGCAUUGAGAACUGUCACAAUUCCUGGCCGGAUUUCGACACUGGCUUCUGCCCGAUGAACUUCUUCCGCACAGGAGGCGACAUCAGCCCAAGUGUCAGCUCCAUCGUGGAGGAGGCAUAUGCUACUGUGAAUGCUGCCGACCUCCCAGAACCGCGGUCGAGACCGGGUUGUUGGGCCUACCCGGACAUGAGUGAGGUAGGCAACUUUCCGGCUGGACCACACCAGCAAGAUCAAGAGCGUACUCACUGGGGGCUCUGGUGCAUCGUCUCUUCACCGCUGAUACUGGGAUUCGACUUGGAGGACUCAGCCAAGCUGGAUAGGGUCUGGGACAUCAUCACCAAUACGGAUGCUCUUGCUGUUUCAACUGCUUGGCACGGGCAUCCUGGCACUUUGAUCAAGGCAUACCCAGCUACAUCCUCUAAAAUGCAAGUCGUGCUGGACCAAUGCGAUGGUUCUCACGUCACUAUCGGCUGGCAAUUUGAACAAGGCCGCCUGAUUGCGCCGAAGAUAUCACCAAUGAAAGAGGCGAUGUGUUUGAGGUCAGAAACCAUGCCGUGCCCUCCGCCAACGACUUAUUCCAAUGGGGCACGCUGUGGCUUGGCCUUGGGCAAUUGCAGUGAGCUACCCCCUGGAAGCCACUGGGAUGCGGUGCAGAGCACGAUUCAAUGGUGGGACGGGCACAAGACCACCACAAAGCCACGUUGUUUGUAUGCGAACCCGCAAGACUUCAACACAUCGGCUGGAUACUUUGUGCGCAAGGCUCCUACUGUUGGGCUGACGGCAGCUUGA